GAACAAAUUGAAAUUGAUGAUGAAGAAAAAAGGUUAAAGAGGAAUAAAUAUAGCUGGGAAUACUACCAGAAACAUAAAAAUAAAAAGCAAGAACAAAAUCGAAAUUAUCAACGGAAUUCUGCAAAAUAUAAAGAAUAUAAAAGAGAAUAUGAUCAAAAAUACUACAAUAUUAAUAAAGAAAAGAGGAAAGAGGUUAUGAGAAAAUACCGACAAAGAAAGAAAAAUGAAAAAGAAAUUCUGAAGAAUAAGAGUUUAAACUUGAAAAACGUCCAAUCUGAUAUUGAUGAAGGAAUUUCAUUUGUUAAUCCUCCGAACGAUGAUUUUGGAAACAAAGGUAAAUUACCAGUUGUUUGUGAAGCGAACAUUCAGACUGAAGAAGAAAAUCUUUUCCACCAAGUGGAGCAAGAAGGCGAAUUAGGAACUCAGGCGGAUGAACAAAAUCAAAUUGUGGCUGAAGGUCCAAAUAUUAAAAUGUCAGAGAAUAAAAUAAAUUUAAAUGAUAAAAUUUAUCUUUUUGAUCUGAACGAGAAACCUGAGGAUGAAUAA